AUGGUUUCACGACGAACAGAGGAGGAACAUCGCACUGCUCAUAAUGCCAGCAGUCGACGAAGUUAUCAGAAAAAUCGCCAUGCCAUCAACCAGCAUCGACGUGAGACAUAUCAUGCCGCUGGCAAGUCAAGAAAGCAAAAAAGCCAGCUAGAACCUUUAAUCUGCCGGGCAGCGCGUAACAUUGACGUUGAGGUUAACUCAGGAGAAACGCAUAUGCAGCGCAGCUCGGAUAUCGCAGAAGCACUCGAUCAACUAGAACGGUUAGGACAGCGGUUCAAUAUGUUGACGGAGAGCUCUCCACGACGUUUUGCUGACAAGGUCUAUCAUGACUAUGUUAGCACUUUUGAACCUUCACGACCCAGAGGAUGCAGAAGGCCGAUUGAGACUGCUAUCGCUCGACUUUCCCAUCUCAAAGAGUCUGGACAUGAAUACGAACACGUCGUUUUGAAUGUUGCAGGAGUGGGGAAAGAGAUGGAGCGGGUACAGAACGUGUUGAAACCCAUCCACCAAUUGGUAACUUGGCUUGAAGAUAUACUAUGUGCAGCGAUGGAAAGUCUUGAUGAUUUACAAUCGAAGUACAAUAAUAAAGACCUCGCUUUCUGUAGCAACGACAAUUAA